GGCAGAAACUAGGGUGAACUUCUUCGAUGGUCUAUCGCUUAAUAAGUGUGAUCAACAACUUGACUGAGAUGUUGAAGAUAACUAGAUGAGAGAAGAUGCCCUUCCUUCUAACUUUCUUCUUUUCCAAUUGCAUAAUAAAUUUUACCAAAAAAAUGUCCUUCUGCAUGGUUUUAAAAUCACUUUAUUCUCCUCUUUUAAAUUAUGAAACAAUUGGUGAUAUAUUUAGAUUUUAUCCCUAAAUCAUGUUCCUUACAAAGCCAAAAAGACUAUAUUCUUCAUUCGUUGGAUAAUCUGUCGAAAAAAGGUGCUUAAAAUUACCCAAAGUGUGUUUCUUUUUUAAAGAAAAGCUGAAAAUGCGAGAAAAAAUUUCAAUCGCCUUUUCGACUCGACGCCAAGCGAGAAUCCGAUUUAUUUGGCCUAAAUAAAGGUAUAGAAAAGCUAUGAUGGAAAAAAUUCGAUUGGCGAUUAUACUACAACUAUUGACAACAAGUUCGAUCCUGUAUUUAUCGCAAGCAAACAACAGAGAAGACUUGAUUGAAGACUCUGUGAGGAGAUUGCUGGGAUUCAAACCCGGUACCACAAGAGAUUUUUCACCCUUUGGUAAAAAUAUAACUCUUCCUCCACGGUAUAUGAUGGAUUUAUAUGAGAAAUAUAGAUCUGGACAAAGUCCUAUGCAAGGAAAUACAGUCAGAAGCAUCCUGCCCAUGAGAGAUAGUAUGGGUGAAGCAGAUGUCUUGAUAUUCAACCUAACUGGACUUAACUCAAAUGAAAAAAUUCUACAAAGCAAAUUGUACAUUCUAAAAAGGAAAAAGCCAAGGCACAGUAGAAGACGUGAGGCAUCGUUCUUCAGGAUGAAAAUCGGCACUUUACCGAACAUGACAUUCCACAGAUAUAUCGACGUGUCUCUUUCUCGUCAAAAAUCAGAAUGGCAAUCACAUGACAUUACAAAUUCUGUUUUGCACUGCAGGAGAACAAACGCAAAAGCCAACAGUCUGCUUGGUGUAACACUGGAAGUAAAGCGCUCCAAAAACAACUACAGACUGUCUCCAUUUAGGAGGCUUCUGAAAAUGAACUCUCAGCCCUUCAUUUUGAUUUUUUCGGAUGACAUCCAAAACCAAACUAGAUACCCAUCAAGGACUAAGCCUAAAAAUGAUUUUGAUGGUCUUCAAGAACUUUUAAAUGCCAAGGCACAAAGUGAUGAUUUUCAGGCUGAUGACUCGUUUGUGAGUUCAGAGGAUUCUUUUACCAGUUCUGAAGUCAGAACCAAGAGAUCUACUCAAAUUAAACAUUAUAACUUAUUUACCUCCCACUCUUUAUCUGAUGCAAAUAAAUAUUUCAAUACAUCAACUGGACACUAUGAAAGUGAUAAUGAAGAACAUUCAGGUAGAACUGGUCUGUUACAUAGGAAAAUGGGGAAUAAGUAUACUUUGGAUCUUGCAGAUGACUCUCUGAGUUCAUCGAUUCACUCUAUCAUUCCUACAAUAAAACAAUAUGGUGACUCUGACUCCUCAAAUGAUUCAAUUUUUUAUAGAUUAUUAAAAGUAUUAUCAACAAAUGUAAAUGUAUUAUUAGAAAACAUUUUAAAUCAUGAGAAAAAGCUAAACGAAAUACACAAUGAAACCAUGCCGACUGUUAGGCAUAAUGUAACAAAGCGCAGUAUUUCUAAUAAACUAGUUUAUUCGACAACUUUCAAGGAUGGGCCUGAUGCCACUGCAAACACUUUGCAAACAGUGGAAGAAAAAGAAGCUUCUAACUCUACCAUCAACUCACGCAAAGACCGAAAUAGGAAAGGAAAAAAGCAAAAGAAAAGAAGACGCAAACUUCCCUUUUGGUGGACUAAGCAUGAUAGUAAACUUCAUUCAAAAGACUAUAAGAAUAUGUGUCAAAGGAAAAGCUUAGUGGUGGAUUUUGCCGAACUAGGCUGGGGUGAUUGGGUGAUGUCACCAAAAUCCUUCAAUGCCCAUUACUGUACAGGAGGAUGUUCAUUUCCUCUCAUCAAGAAUACAAAUCCAUCCAAUCAUGCAGCAUUACAAAGCUUAAUGCAUGCUCUUGGAUUACACUCGAAGAUUCCAACACCCUGCUGUGUCCCAUCAUCAACAAGUCCUCUCACCUUGCUAUAUUUCGACGAGCACGGUAGUCUUGUUUUAAAAAACUAUCCAGACAUGAUAGUCAAAAAAUGUGCAUGCAGAUAAAGGCAGAAGCAUUCUGGUUUGAUGGCUGAACAUGGAGAAUGUAUGAUUGACUGAACUGCCUUAUUGAACAUGAUCCAUCGUGUCGUUAUAAUAAAAUGAAUGAGUAUUAAUAUUAUUAUUGUUACCAAAUAAAUGUGCGUUUCAAUAAUAAUCAAAGUAAUAAUGUUCAAAAACAAAAAUAUGAAUAUAAAUGACAUUACGCACUUUCGAUUGUAAAUGAGAUGCAGGUAAAAAAGUGCAUGAAAAAAAAUUAUUUUAGAUAGGUAAUUCACCUACAUGCUCUUUAAAAAACUUAGAGACUCGUUUUCAUAGUAAAAUUGUAUUAAAGGAAGUGUGGUAGUUCAUUUAUAGAUAUGGGUAUGUAUAAAACAGUCGUGCAAUUAGAAUAAGCUAUAUAUUAGGAAUAUUUAAUGUGAUCAUUGUUUUCAAACUCAUUGCACAAAUACCAUUGUAAAACAUCUGUCUGUCAAUAAAGAUAUUGAGUUUUUCUUUGUUUAUAAUUUAAUCUUCGUUUAUAAUAUGGGUAUGUAUAAAACAAUCGUGCAAUUAGAAUAAGCUAGAUAAUAUGAAUAUUUAAUGUGAUCAUUAUUUUCAAACUCAUUGCACAAAUACCAUUGUAUAACAUCUGUUUGUCAAUAAAGAUAUUUUUUUUUGUUA